AUGCGUCGAGUGCCACGAACAGCAGCCCCACCCACUGCAACCACCCGAGUCCUACGCUCGCAAACUAAACAAGCAGCCUCAGAAGCCCAGGCCACCAAGGUCACCAAGCCCACCAGGAAGCGUCGCCCACGUGCAGAUCCCUGGGCGAAGAAGCGCAAACCAAACCCCAACCCCAGACCGCGCAAGCCACCGCCCACCCACUUCACAUGCCGCAUCUGCAUCGAAGAGCAGGCCACCGAUGAGUUCGUCAAAUGGGUACCCCCGAAGCGCGGCCGCUGGCAGCAACACCUAGACGUCCCCUUCAACUGCAUCGCCCACCUAGCCCGGAACCCCAGCAAACGCAAAAUCGACCCCGUCUGCAAGACAUGUAUCGGCAACUUCCUCUCCGCAAAGAUGGACACGCUCGGCGUACGCCAACUCGGCGCCGGCUGUCUAGAGCCCGGUUGUACGGAGCCCUGGGACCACCACUUCAUCCUGCGCUACAUGCCUCCCGGUGACGCGCUCGAGAAGUUCAACAUGGAAAUGUUGGAAGUGUGGAAAGAAACUGCGAGUCCCAAGCCGAUGACCUGUCUCUCACCUACAUGCACUGCGAUCGGUCUGCCAGAUGCGACAGCGGCUGGAUACCCGCAAGUCGCGUGCAACGACUGUGCUUUCCGGUCUUGCGCCCAGUGUCUUGUCCCGUGGCACAAGGACGUUACGUGUGCGGAGUAUGCGGCGAAGCAUGUGGAUGAGAAGAUGAGUGACGCCGAGAAAGAAACGCUCAAGUAUAUGCAGGGUAAAGAUGGAAAGAGGUGUCCGAAUUGCCAGUUGGUUAUCGAGAAAGAUGGUGGAUGUGAUAGCAUGUUCUGCGUUGGAUGCCACAAAUACUUCAACUGGGCAAGUGCCGCUUCAGCGUUGACUGGCGCUAAGAAAGCCGAAGCUCCUUACAUCCGCGACAUGCCGUACUGGCUUCACGAUGGUAUGGUUGUGUGCGAGAUGGACGGUAUCAAUGGACUGGACGGUACUACUGGCGCGGUUGCUGCGGCGUCGGACAGCAUGGUUGAGGGAUGA